GCUAGGGGUUGUACAACCUCCCAUGUAUUAAUACCUGUCCAUAUAUAGACCUGAAUAUUAACAUUCUGUAAGCAGCAAUAUUAAUUGUUUUUCUUCUAUGGAUAGGGCACAUAAACCGACUCCAUCCAGAAAAGGCACCUAAAAAAGUAUCUAUUAUCAUUUUAAUGUGUUUCAGUUAUGAGAAACCAUACACAUAGUUUGGAGUCAAAUUCAACCACAAAAUAUUUGGGACUUCACACUGAACCUGGACAGUACGUCAACAAAGCUAAUUUGUGUAAGCCAAAUAUCUUCUCAACAUUGCCUCUUGUUUCAUAAUUUAUGAAUGUAAUAAAUUGUGAUUUGCGGUAAAAGUUCACGUUUUAUUCCGUCGUGCUUUUCAGCAAAACAAACAUAGUUUACAGUUAGUGAAUAUAUUGCCAGCUCCUCGCUCCUUCCUGUUGAAACGAAACGGCAUUUUUUUUAGGCAGAGGAAAUUCGAGAAGAAUCUUAUUUUGAAAAAUCUAACAACCGGAAGUUUAAUUGCUUCGUACAUCCACCUUCCAGCAGGUGUUUCCAGCAGAGAGGUAAUUACAAACCAAAGCGGUGCGGACCUCUGGAAGGCAGUGAUGAGUUUUAUUACGAGAGAAUUCUGUUUUUUCCUGGAAUAACGAUCAACUGUGGGAAAAUAUUCUGUUCUGGGAUAAAACAUACUGUGUUAAAAAUAAGUUCAGGAAGGACAUAAGGGGAGAAACGGCGGUGGAAAAUGGCGUUUAAGUGGUUGAACCUGGAGGAGCAGCAGCACUAACUUCACUCGGGAGGCGACCUAGUGUUGCGACUCUACAAAAUAUGCUGAAAAUGGCUUCUCAUGAUCCCCCUCAUCGUCACUACAAUAAUGGAGUCCAAGAAGACUUUCCGUCAAGGCUUCAGAACGGAGACUCUGCAGAUUUGAUCAGAGCGAACCCUUUUUAUGCAUAUUACAAGGAAUCGACCAGCAGCACUAAUGGAACAGAGGCUUCAAUACAACCAGACAAUUUCAUCUCUGUACCUACUAUGAAAUUCAUAAGCUCACCUCAGGAACUUGGUUAUGAAAUUAAGGCCACGGAAAACAAAGAUCUUAACGUGCCUCAGCGGUACGACCCUAAAGACGAGCUCUUCAGUCCGUCCUCUCUGAGGCUCAACGCCACCGCCAGACAGAGAAAUGGCUCAGACGUUGUCACGGAUGAUGUGGAUGCUUUGUUUGGCUCACCUAACAAAGCUGAGGCACCAAACCCAUUUUGUAAAACUUCGGCCUCAGAAGCAGAUUUGUUUUCCAGGAACAGUGAGGAACUCUUCCAUCCAGACAAUACCCCCAGCACCGACAAUAACAAUUCUUUUAAGGAAGGAUUUGACGUAUUUUCACCGCCUACAAAUCCUGUGGAUCCAUUCCCACGUCCGCUCCCAAGGAAUUUAUUCAAUGUCCCCAGUUUAAAUGAUCCUUUCGGUCCAACUCCCUCCAAGACAAUGUCCUCUAUACCUUUAACCAAUCGCCCAUCUGAGUUGAAGUUAGACACGCCGGUCUCAACAGGUUUAGCAAAGAAAACUCCACCAAAAGUUCCUCCAGUUGUUCCACGAAAGCCUGCAACCAAACCAAAAGAUUUUUUGACGACGCCUCAGGGAAGCAAAGAGGAAUUUCUUGAGCCGACCUCCUUCAGCCAGGCCAGCAGUCUGUCCUCCUCGCCCAGCUUUUCUCCAGCUGAUUUGACUCACGUGCAAACUUUCAAACGGCCACCAAGACCCCUUCCUCGAACUCGACGCCCCAAAGCAGAGAAGCCACCAAAACCAGAGAGGCCUCCAUCCCCAGUAUACUCUACUAAACUGGAACCAGAAGUACCUGAAGCACACACUGCUGAGCCAGAACCGCCAAAACCGCCGCCUAAACCAGUCCUCAAACCAGUCCUCAAACCUCUUCCUAAACCAGUCCUUCCUCACAAACCAAAGAGAAUGGAGAGCAAACCAUUGGAACCUGAGAACUUUGUCGUGUUUGAGGACGUCCUCCUUAUCGGACAGGAACUCUGUGUGGAGGAUUGGCCUGAGGACAGUCCUGAGCUGGAUCCAGACUUUAAGCCAUCUGGAACAUUUAAGCUACGAAGAGAGUCGUUGAAGGCCAAGAUGGAGUCAGACGGAGGAAGCAGCGAAGACCCCGACGGUACCUUUGGCAACGUUAAGAAAAGGGACAGGAAACUGCGAAUGUCGCUGCUGUCCAGAAGAAGCUCAAAGGACAAGUACUCAGAUGAUGCCAUGGGGGGAAAGAGCAACACGCUGCCCAGUCGACGAAAAACCCCCAAGGACUUUGGUUCCAGUGACCAUAUUUCCACAGGAGAUGAUGAAGAUCCUUAUAGUUUGGACUAUAAAAAAAAAUCUACAAAGACCAAAGUCAAUCGCCUGUUUCGGAGAGCCUCCAUUGGUUCCUCUGCGUACGACGACGAGCUUUCACUGCAACAUUCAAAGGACGGUGACCAGAAGAAAAGCAGCAAGAGGAAAAACACCACUGUACGUCGACAGUCGGCGGACUCGGUGUUGGACGGAGAAGAUUAUGAGGAUGGGGAGAAAGGUGGCCCUCGGCAGAGGAGGAAUAGCAAGGUGAAAGUCAAGUUUGUGCCACAAAGAGGAUUUGCCAUAUCAUUAGAGAAGUCACACAAUGAACCAAAAGGAGCUCAUGGCUACACGUCUCGCAAGGGCUCAAAGGACAAAUCUGUUGAAGACUCUGGAGCACAUGGCUACACACCUCGUGACAAGCUCCAGGAUGAUGAUUUUGAAGGCCUCGAGGAGGCGGAAGCCCUCAGCCGUCGCUCAGCUAAGGCUGCCUUCAUGGACGACGAACAGCAAAAGUCUCAUCGUUACUCACCGAGUCUGCAGGGGGACGACGACGUUGACUUGAGCAAAGAACGCAAACAUAAAAAGUCCAAACAUAAGAUGCAUCUGCCACACAAAUCUAAGGCCUCACAUGGACUGAAUGAGGGCUCCACUGAUGAUGAAAUGACAGAAAAAGACAUGAAGUCUCACCAAGAGGAGUAUGAUGAAGAUCCAGAUGAGAUUGAAAUGCUCAAACUGAAAAAGCCAGUUAAGCCUAAAGUUCCCAAAAAACAAAAGCACAAGAGCAAAAAGGCCAAGAACCAAUCAGAAGCCCCAUCUGAUGAGCACCUGUCUGAGGCUGCCCAGGCGGCAUGGCAGGCUGCUCGGAUGGACGAACAGGCUGCAGCCGGCGAAGAGGAGGAAGAGGAGGAAGACGGGGACACGGACAGUUUAUUGGAGUGGUGGUACACGGUAGAAAAAUGGGACGAAGUGCCAUCGGAUGAAGAGGAUGUAGCCGUCAAAGAGGAUGAGUCAAAGUCAUUCACCAUCUUGGCAGAGAAGGUCGAACGCGGCCUGCGUCUCUUCAACAAGGUGUUCACCGAGCAAGCCGAGGUCCUGUGGGAGUCCAUCAUCUCGCUCCACGCUCUCGCCGACGACAUCAACGAGUUCCAUCACAAAGCCAAGAUCGCUGGGAUCAGCGGGGGCACCACCACCGCGGUGGGCACUGUGGCGGCCAUCACUGGCCUGGCCUUGGCUCCCGUGACCUUCGGAGCGUCCCUCGUAAUCACGGCCGUGGGCGUGGGGGUGGCAACGGCCGGGGGGAUCACCUCCGCCUCUGCGGCCAUCUCCGAUAACGUCAACAACAAGAACGACCGCAAAAAGAUCGAGGGUCUGCUGCAGGAGUACGAAGAGCGAAUGCUGGAGAUCUCGAACAUCCUCCACUUCGUCAAUCAGGGCUUGCGCAGGCUGCGCGGCCACCCCUUCCUCAGGUCCGGCACGCAGCACUAUUCCCAGGACUGGGAAGUCCGCAGGGCGGUCCAGAUGAUCAGCAUUGUGGAUUCGCCUGUGAUGCGAGCGACAGAGAUAACCGACGACGUUGUGGGCUCCCUGCGAGGACUCUUCAAAGGAAUGGACAAGUACUUCGUAAACGAAACCAGAGAGCUGAAGAAAGGCUGCAAGAAGGAGAUUGUGGCCGUAAUAAGACAAGUGGCAAACGUGCUGAAUGACUGCAUCGUGGAGCUGAACGCCAUCAGAGAGAAUCUGCAGGAUGCUACUGGACAGAUGUGAACAACCUUCAUGAUCACGCUGAGCACGGCUCACCACUGACAUCUCCUGGCUGAAACCAAGAACUGCUCUUCCACAUUGCAUCAUUCGUGGAAAAUAUUCCACCUCUGUGAAACUCCUGGAGAUAUUUUUGGCAUUGUGGCUGAGAAAUGACUUUUUUCCAGCUUUUUUAACUCCAGAUGAAUUUUGUACUUGAAAAGUAAAACACAGAUCAGUUUCUUUAUCCAUUCACCCUUUUGUUCAGCUUGAGCAGCAUCAAAGUUUCUUCCUAUAUAAAUGUGACAGGAGGUUUACUUUGUUAGAAUGGAGUCAGUUUGGAAAUAGUUGAUUUACUAUACCUUGAAAUAGUUUAUCAAAGACUUUGACAAAGUCUAUAACCCUCUUCAUUAUAUUGACAUAAUAUGAAGCAAUAAGGUUCAAAUAUGUUUAACAGUUAAUCUAGUGAACCGAAGUGAUGAUUGUCAGAUUUUGGCAGAAUGUUCUGCAGGUUAAAGACCCUUCUACUGUAAAUGAGACUUUUAAUCUUUUACGUUGUAAAAAAAGAAUCUUGCUUUCAUAAUCUGGUGUCUAUAGACACAUUUAUUCUUAUAACUUAUAUUCGUUUGUUCGAAAUAUAUCUUAUGUUUUUAAACGAGGGAGUUAGUUUGGUUUAUGCAGAAGCUUGAACACAUUUUAAUGCUUUUUAUUUUCCCUAAAAGAGCCGUCUUGAAUGAAUGCAAAGCAUGUUGUAUGACAAACUGAAGUUUUUCUGCUUGAUUAAAGGUGCAUUGUCAUUUUUAUCGACCAUAUUGAAUCAUAUAGCGGCUAUUUUACCUCUGGCCACAUUUAAUUAUAGUCAUUCUUAACAUUAUGACUUAUCCAGCUUUGAUAGGUCACUGACUUAGCAAUGCUGGGGCAUUUGUUCAUUUAUUUGCAUUUUAACAUGAAAUGAAUGUAACUGUAUAGGUUUUACAUUGUUCUAUUUUACUAUAUUCAAUAUGUCCUGGUUAACCCAAGAAUAAAAUGUAAAAAUGACCAUUUGACACAUUUUCACCUGGAGGCAAAUUAUGUUGUGUUUAUUUUGUAUUCAGUUGAGAAAUAUUAAUCUCCAACUGAAUAUUAGAUGUAGCUUAUAGUUUGUUCAAAGUAUCAGUAUAACAUCAGGUACAAAAGUGUAAACUUGAUAUAAUUUCCAAAAACUCACACUAACAUUGUGGCUUUAUAGUGUGACUGAUUACUGCCAGUACAUCUUCCAGUUUUAAUGUUUCAACACCGUUUUUAACACCGUCUUCGAAAUUCAAUUGGUGGAAUGAUUGCUUGUGUGAAAAAAUGUUUUUAAAAGAUUCGAGUGGAUUAUCUAAAAAAAAAA